CACCGAUACCCAUCCCCGCAAGUCACCCCUCUCCGCACGAUGGCGCUGCAGCCAUACCUGCAGCUCGAGAGCGCAGCCGGCCAUGUGCGCGAGCGCCUGCCGCUGCUGCCGCCGGCGCAUGAUGCGCCGCCGCCGCGCUGCGCCGACGUCAUGCUCGGCCGCGCUCCCGACGCCACCAUCCGCCUGCUCAAGGGCAACAUCAGCCGCCGGCACGCACGCAUCGAGGUGCUUGACGGCGGCGCAGAGAUCGUGCUGCACGUCCUCGGCAACUCGGGCCUCUCGCACAACGGCCUGCACCUCUCCUCGGGCGCCGUCGCGCCGCUGCAGGAGCAGGACGUGCUGCUGCUGCAUCGCUGGUCAUUCCGCCUCGUCUUUCUCCCGCUCGGCUCCUCGCCGCACGAGCCGAGCGGCUCCUCGUCACCCCGCAAGCCGCAAAUCGACACGCCCUCCUCCUCGCCCGCGCGUCUCGGCACGCCGCGGCGCCUGCGUCUCUCGCUCGUCGCGAACGCGCACAUCAACACGCCGACGGCUCAGCUGCUGCGCGUCUCGAACGACGUGGUGCGCGCAGCUGAGAGCGAGGGCGAGGAGGAGGGAGAGGCGGACAUGGUCGUGCUCGAGUCUCUCGAUGCUGAGCCUGAGGAGCAGCUCCGCUCUGCCGCGCCCGCAUCGCCCUCAGCCAGUGCCUCUUCGCGAGCCAGCCGUCGCGCCUCGCGUGUGUCGGGCGUCCGCGGUGAGGUGCAGCUCGGUGCGGGCUCUCCAGCCCCCACGGCACUCGGCCUUGGCCUGCCACGCUCGCCGGCGCGUGCUAUCCUCGAGCGCCACCAGCUCUCGCCCUCGAAGCGCCGCAUCAGCCUGCGCACACGCACGCUGCUGCGCGGCUGCGAGGAGUGGGUGGAGAAGAUGGAGCGCCGCGAGCGCAUCAUGGCGAUGCGGCGUGAGGGCCUGCUGCCUGCGAAGGAGGAGGAGCAGGAGAGCGCAGACGAGCGGGAGGAGCAGGAGCAGAUGGAGAUCAUGCGGCAGCUCGAGGCCGAGGAGGAGGAGGUAGAGCGGAGCCUGGAGCUCGAUCUCGUGGAGGAUGAGGAGGAGUCGGACAUCGCGGAGCUCCAAGAGGACGUCGACAGCCUGCAUCUUCCGCUCGAUGUCCCGCCGGCGGAGCCGCUCGAGACGGAUGCAGAAGCAGAGCCCGAGGCGAUGGACUGGGAAGCUUCUCCGCCAGUCUGCUCCUCGUCCGAGCCAAUCGCCGCCGUUCCCGCCUCUGUGCCUUUCUUCGAGGCACCGGCACUGCACUCGAUGCUCUUCAGCACGCCGCAAGCAGCGCGGAACGUCUCCCGCGCCCGCGCUUCGUUGCCCGCCGCGCCAGCCGUACCCGUCACGCCGCCGAAGAAGUACGGCUCGCUGCGCGCGCAGAUGCUCCGAAGUCCCGCGGCUGGCUUGCUGCAGGCGUUCGGCCUUGUUGCGCGCAAGAAGGAGGCUGUGCAGGUCGAGCCCGAGCAACAAGAUGCGAGCGUGAUCAUAUGCGAGGAGGCUACAGACGACUUCGACAUCGAGGCACAGAUGGACGCAGCCAGCGAGGAGCCUGCUGAUGUCUCGGCACAUGCUGAAGCACUAGAGUCCGAGGCGCAGCCCGAGCCUGAGCAGCUGGCCGCAGUGGAAGCUGUCACGCAGCCCGAGUCCGCCAUCGAUGCGUCGGCAGAGGAGCAAGAAGUGCCGCUUUCCGACGUCGAGGCAGUUGCACCUUCGCAAGUGCAGAGCGAGGCGACAUCCGAGCCAGAUGUCGAAGCGAACGCUGCGCCAGUCGUUCCUUCCACCCCGUCGACGCACACGCCUCGCACGCGCCGAAAGCGCGGUGCACGCCACAGCGCGCGUGCCGCUUCGUCGGACGACGCCGCCGAGGCCCCUCGCGAGGCCGCAGAGGAGGCAGCUCAGGAGCCUGCUGUGCUUGAAGCGUCCGCGCCGCUUGAGGACGCCACGAGCGAGGCGCGUUGCGAGCCGGAGCUAGCAGCGCCAACACCGCGUCGUCGAGGAGCCGCGCAAGUCUCGUGCCCCGAAGACACGUCUUCAGACGCUGCGCCAUCACAAGCUGCAGCCUCGUCUUCGGACGUCGCGGAGGCGGAACAGGGGCCGGCGCAGCCCGAAGUCGAAGCCAAGCCAUCUCGCUCGAAGGCCAAGCGGGGCAAGGCUGCCGCAUCGGCGCCGGUGGUCGAGGAAGCGUCUGUCAAUGAGGCGACAACGGCCACAGCCGAGACUCCUGCUGUCGAGGAGGCACGGCCGUCGACAGCAGCCAAGCCGCGACAGACGCGCAAGCGUGCCGCAGCCACGCCCGCGCCCACGUCUGAGGCCGAGCCAGCCGACGGCGAGGCUGGCCCGAGCGCCCAUCAAGACGCAGCAGAGCCCGUGGUCUCAUCAGCGCAGGACGACGCAACGCCUUCGUCGCCGCCCGCGAAGGCACGCACCACUAAGGCGCGCGCCACACGCAAGCGCGGCGCUCGUGCUGAGACGGAGGAGGUGGCUGAGUCGGCCCAGGAGGCACAGCCUGCAGUCGAAGGCGAGGCUGUGCCAUCGUCGAGUGCCGCAGUCCCGGCGGCCGAGCCCGAGCGCCGUGCGCCACGAUCACGACGUGCGCGCGGCGCAAGUGCGGCUCCGACCUCGGACGCGGCACCUGGAAGCGACGCUGCCAUCGAGGUCAACGACAUCGCUGGAGCGGAGCCUGCGGCUGAGGCCCCUGUGCGCAAGGCGCGCGCUGCGGCGAGCACAAAGGGCAAGAAGCUGCCCCUCGGCGCCAGCAGCUCCGACAAUGCACCGGCUGCGUCGACGGACGCUGAGCAGGAAGGAUCGGCAGACGCAGCGCCAAAGAAGGGCAAGACGACGCGGCGAAAGGCUGCGCCAGCAUCUUCGCCCGUCGAGGAGCAGGAUGCACCCGGCGAGGCGCUCGCUGAGGUGAAGCCGAAGACGCGCAAAGCUCGAGCUCCUACUGCCUCGAUCGAGCCCUCGUCCGACGCCGCUCCGAGCACAGCAGCGGCGACCAAGGGCAAGGCACGCGCGAAGCGCGCUGUCGCGUCUGCAGCAGAUGAGGAGAAUGUGGCGCCAGAGGCGGUCGAGGCUGAGCUGGACGUGCGCACGACACGACGCGGAACGCGGAGACGAUGAUGAUGAAUGACAGAUCUUGCUCUCUAUGCACUCGUCUCCUUCCCUCGCCUCGUGUUUGAGCCCGAUGCCGGCAGUCUCCUCGCGCACUUGCGAAGUGUGCCACGUUUGGACUCGUGAUAAAAGCAUUGGAGCGAUAGCGGGCGACUCUCUGAUGGCUCGCCCCAGAGCAGGGUGUGUGACCAUUGCCACUCCUCGGGCCCCUCGCGAUUGCCCCACCUCGCACGUUCUGCCCCCCCUUGGCUGCUAUUCUCA